AUUAGAGAGAAGCAUUGAAAAUAACACCCAACAAAAUGCUCCUACGCCACCUUCUCCUAACUAACAAUUCAACACAUAUACAUACACAUGCUUCUUCCUCUCUCCUAGGGUUCUUCAAGAUUCAAACUACUAUUUUCUAUUCAUCACUUGAUCUAUAUCUAUUUCAUACCCAUUUGAAAUGGGAAUGCAUAUCUUGUAUCUAGAUUUGGAUUUAUAUCUAUAGGUUACAAGAUUUGGUGUUAAAGUUUUGAUCUUUUUGAGGAAUUUAAUAAUAUUUAGAAAAAAAAAAACCCAAGUUGAAUUUGGGUUGAAAAAGGGAAAAUUUACAAGAUUUGUGAUAAAAGAUUUGAUCUUUAGAGAAAUUCAAGAUUUUGAUUGAAGAGAGGAGAUUGGGGUGCGUUUUUCCGGUUUUGAUUGGGGGGUUUUGUGCAAGAGAUGGUGGGAUGUUCAAAAAACUGAUAAAUUGUUGUUCGGUUUGUUGGUUCGGGCAUGAUCAUAAAGAAACUGUUGUCGGUGUCAACGGUGAUUUUGGGAAAGAUGGGUUGUUGUGGUUUCAUGAUGUUGGAAAGCAUGUGUACGGGGAGUACUCGAUGGCUGUAGUUCAAGCGAACCAGGUGCUUGAAGAUCAGAGCCAGAUUGAAUCGGGUCCGUUUGGGACGUUUGUUGGAGUUUAUGAUGGUCAUGGUGGACCCGAUGUUGCAAGAUAUGUAUGUGAUCAUUUGUUCCGACAUUUUCAAGCAAAUAUAACUGAAAAUCACGGUAUUGUGACUCCCGAAACGAUCAAAAGGGCGUUUCUCGAAACAGAAAACGGGUUCACGUCUCUUGUAGCUAAAAUGUGGAAUGUUCGACCCAGCAUUGCAACCGUCGGAUCGUGUUGUUUGGUCGGGGUAGUCUAUCAUCAAACACUUUUUGUGGCAAAUCUCGGAGAUUCUCGUGUUGUGCUCGGUAGGAAAAUCGGUGGCAGUGUGACCGCCAUUCAGUUGUCGAAGGAACAUAAUGCUAAUCUUGAUAAUAUUAGACGCGAGCUUAGAGAUUUGCAUCCACAUGAUCCGCAAAUUGUGGUAAUGAAACACGGAGUUUGGAGAGUCAAAGGCAUUAUUCAGGUUUCGAAAUCAAUUGGGGAUGCUUAUAUGAAACAUGCGCGGUACAACAAGGAACCGAUUGCGGCAAAGUUCCGGCUCCCGGAACCGAUGGUGAUGCCGAUUUUGUCUGCUGUACCAUCUGUCAUCUCUCAUCCAAUUCAACCGGGUGACUCUUUUCUUAUAUUUGCUUCUGAUGGUUUAUGGGAACACUUGAGUAAUGAAGAGGCUGUUGAUAUUGUUCAUCGUAAUCCACGUGCGGGAAUUGCCAAGAGACUGGUGAAGGCUGCUUUACAGGAAGCAGCUAAAAAGCGAGAAAUGCGGUAUUCGGAUCUGCGUAAGAUUGAUAAACAUGUUCGGCGACAUUUCCAUGAUGAUAUAAGCGUAAUUGUUUUAUUCUUAAACCACGAUCUUAUAUCCAAAGGGUCGACCAACGGCCAUAACGUCUCUCUCCGAAGCGCAUUAGAACACUAGUUGAUAACUCUAAUUUAUAAGCAUGACAUUUUUCUGUUAUUUCGGAACCUUUUUUCUGGCGGUUUUUUUUAUGGUUGAUGUUGAGUUUGAUUUUGUUUAAGAGGGUUUUAAUUUUGAUGAUAAAGAGAAGCAAGUUUUCUGUUAUGCACA